GCAGGGGGCGCCCCUCCCGCCCCUUCCCGUGCGCGCGGCCCCACCCGGUUUCCGCACCCGGCCGCUGUCGCCAUGGAGACCGGCCCGGGGCCGGGAGACGGGGACGCGGGAGCCUGCGCAGAGAUGGAUGCACAGGUCCCGGGCGUUGGAGCACAGUCCAAGGGAACAGAUAACAGCAAACAGCAGAAGCCAGAAGCAGAGGAGAGGAAAUCUCCAGCCCACAAGGUGACUUUGCCACUGCACACCGACGAGGACAAGAAGAAGAAAGGGGAGAAGAACAAGCCAGUUUCAUUUACACUGAGUAAAAAACCACACUUGGCUUUGGAGACAUCAUCAUCCCAAGAGAAACACACAAAUUUUGCUGACAAGAAAUUAGCGCUUAGGAAGGCUGAAUUAGCUAAAGCCUUGGAAGAGAUCGAAAUGACCACGCAUCUGAUCGAUCUGAAGAAAAAUACCAUAGAGGAGCUGAAGCAGCGUGGUGCCCACCUGGCAGAGACCAACUGCCGUCUGAUGAGGUACAUCCAGCACACUGAUGACAGCACUGCCAAGCAAGCCAGGGUCCUGCUGCAGGAGUAUGAAGCAUUUCAGAGCGUGCAGGCAAUGGUGCAGACCCUCAAUCAGAAUCGGCUGGAUACAGCAAGGGCAGAGCUCCAGGAAACAGAAAAAACAUUGCAAAAGAACCUGGGAGAGCUACAGCAGCAGCUGGAGGAAGCCACAGCAAAGGUUCAGGUUCUCCAGGAGGAGCUCAGCACUCUGCGCCCCUACAUCAACGGGCACUAUCCAGAAGAAGAUAUCAAGAUCGUCUUUCUGCAGCAUAGCAUCGAGAACCUGAAGAAGCAACAGCAGGUGGAGACAGAAAAGACAGAAAAAAUGGUGGAGGCCAUGUUGGAAGAAUUGCAAGCAAAGGCACAGGCGGAACAAGAGGCAAUCCUGCAGAAAGUCGUGGAGGAGAUGUUGCUGCACCAGGAUGGCCUGAAGCAGAUGAUGAUAAACAACUACAUUCUGCAACGUGAAAUACUGAGGCAGAGGGAGGUGAGCGAGCUGGGGAAGAGCCGGCGCAGUGCGGCAGAGCCGGCCAUCCUGAGCCCUUGCCCGUCCGCAGGACUUUUUUGCCUUAGUGGGGCUAAUAAAGACCUGGAAAAGGAGAUUGGCGAGCUGAAGAUAAGUAUCCAGACACUGCGCCAGAGUGCAAGAGACCCAAGAGAGAUGAUCUUUGCUGACGUUCUUCUCCGCAGACCGAAACGUCACUGUUAAACCUACACCCAGCCUGGGGAAUAACCUCACAGUUACGUUGGGUUCUGCUUGGGAAGACACUGCAGGUCUCAUAGUAUUGCCUAAGAGCAGCUGGGAACAAGGAGCAUUCCUGGCGAGGCAGGUCUUGCCCACCUGGUUGUGUGAAAUGGCAGCAGUGCACUGGGGGAACAAAGAUGGGCAGCUAUUUCACCUAAUAUGUAAAAAAAAUGUGUCGAUGGCAUUGGCUGGCAGAAAAAUAGCAAAACUUUAUGAUCUUUCUCCCUGCUCCUCCCCUGCCCCAGUUCUCUGGUAGCGAAUCACAUCCAGAGCGCAGGUUGUGGGUAAUCCCCGCUCCCACUUGCCAGGGUGCGCUCUGCUGGUACUGGAGGUAAGAAUUACACAGCGCAAGGCGAAUCCUUACUUAGCGUGGACAGGGAGAAGGCCCUGCCAGCUCGGUGACAGAACACCGGGCUCUCCUCGCAGGGACAGACCCGGCAGGGCCAGCUCUGCAGGCUGACGCUCAGCAGCACCCAGCUGUGACAGGCUGUUUUCCAACAGACCCACAACAGGCUGAGGCCAUAAUGCUGCCCAUUGUCCUGCAGCAGCGAGGACAAAUCACAGAUGAUUCAGAGCUGCUGAGGUACCUCAGCUUCCUGCGCUGCCCGCUGACCAGGGGUACAAACCUGAGAAAAAAUGGGUCAAAGAUGUUUGAAUCUUGAGUAUGCUGUCACCCAAAACCCGUAGUUGUGCACAGAACAGUGUGCAUAUGCACUUUUAUUUACAGCAGCUGCCUAUACAAAUUGUUCUUGGCACAGAGA